CCGACUUUCGUUCAAACAAAGCCGCACUCGUUUCACCUUUACAUUCGCUACAAACCAAUUUCAGCUUCGCCCUACAACAUGCAGGGCUUCCUUCUGCUCGGCGCCGCAGCCAUUGGCCUGGCCAAUGCUGCCGCCGUCGAAUUCCCCAAGAGGAACUACGACAACGUUCCCGGCAACCCAUACAACAACAUCCCCCAGGGCUACACCACCUCGACCGUCUACGAGACGCAGACUUUCACAGUUACUGACUGCCACGAUGACGUCCCCGACUGCCCCAACACGCCUCACAUCACCACAAAGACCAUUGCCGUCUCGACCACCAUCUGUCCCAUCACCGAGGUCGAGACUCCUCCUGGUUCCGUCUCCGAGGCUUCUACCCCAUACGUUCCUCCUCAGCCUACCUCGUCGUCUAUCCCGUAUGGUCCUCCUCCUGUGGAAACCAAGCCCACCACUUCUUCGGCUCCUCCUGCUGAGACCCAGCCGAGUUCUUCGGUCCCUCCCGUAGAGUCCGAGUCUUCUUCUCUUCCUCCUGUGGACACAACUCACUACGGUCCUCCUCCUUCCGAGACUCAGCCUACUUCUUCUGCUCCUGAGACUGUCCCCAGCAAGGAGACUACUCCUUAUGCUCCCCCUCCCGCUGGAUCUACUGAGGCUACUAGCUCGGUUCCCUCUGUCGAGACUGAGUCCACUUCGAUUCCUCCCGUUGAGACUAAGCCUACCACCACUGGCAAGCAGAGCACUACUCCCUAUGCUCCUCCUCCUGCCGGAUCUACUGAGGUUUCCAGCUCUGUCCCCUCUGUCGAGACCGAAUCUACUUCAGUUCCUCCCGUUGAGACCGAGUCUUCUUCGGUUCCUCCUGUCGAGACCAAGCCCACCACCACUGGCAAGCAGAGCACCCACUAUGGCCCUCCUCCUUCUGAGACCUUGCCUGCUACUUCUGAGGGUACCACCGAGUUGACCACUUCCACGCCCAAGCCCCAGACCACUGGCUGGACCACCUCAACUGUCUACACUACUGAGGUUCACACCAUCACCUCUUGCGCUCCUGAGGUUCCUGACUGCCCCGGAACUCCCCACGUGACCACCAAGACCAUUGCUGUCUCAACUACUGUCUGCCCCGUCACUGAGACUCAGCCUGUUCCUACCGGCAAGGGCUCGACCGACUACCCUCCUCCCCCUGUGAAGACCACCACCAAGCCCGGCGUCUCUACUGAGGAGAUCCCCAGCUCGUCUGAGGAGGUCCCUAGCUCUUCUGAGGUUCCCAGCUCUUCCGAGGGUGUUCCAACUACUUCCGAGGGUGUCCCUACCACCACUGGAAAGUACCCUCCUCCCCCCAAGUCGUCGACCAAGCCCGGUGUCUCUACUGAGGAGGUUCCCACUACUUCUGAGGAAGUUCCCACUUCGUCCGAGGGCGUUCCUACUACCGCUGGCAAGUACCCCCCUCCUCCCAAGUCUUCCACCAAGCCUGGUCACUCCACCGAGGAGGUUCCUACUUCCUCUGAAGAGGUUCCCACUUCGUCCGAGGCUGUUCCCACCACCUCCGGCAAGUAUCCUCCCCCUCCCAAGUCGUCGACCAAGCCCGGUGUCUCGACUGAGGAAGUCCCUACUUCUUCUGAAGAGAUCCCCAGCUCGUCCGAGGAGGUCCCCUCUACCACCGGCAAGACUUCGUCCACUGGCAAGUAUCCUCCUCCUCCCAAGACCACUGGCUGGACCACUUCCACUGUCUACACCACCAACGUGUACACUGUGACUUCGUGCCCCCCUGAGGUUCCUGACUGCCCCAACACUCCUCACGUCACGACUGAGACUAUCGCUAUUUCCACCACUGUCUGCCCCGUGACCUCUGAGUCUGUCACCGAGACCACUGGCAUCGAGACUGUCCCUCAGUCAUCUGAGACCACCGACAUCGAGACAGCCCCCACCACUACUGGCACUGAGGUUGUUCCCACCACCACCGGUACUGAGGUCGUUCCCACCACCAAGGCUACUACCAAGGUCACCACCGAGGUCACCACCAAGGGACACUCAACCACUGAGUGGACUACCUCGACCGUCUACACCACCAACGUGUACACCAUCACUUCUUGCCCUCCUGAGGUUCCUGACUGCCCUGGCACUCCCCAUGUCACAACCGAGACUAUCGCCGUGUCCACCACUGUCUGCCCUGUGACUUCGACCACCGAGGUGCCUCCUCACUCUACCAAGACAGUUCCUACCAAGCAGGGUACCACUGAGGUUCCUACCACUCUCAUCACCUCGACUCCCGGUGUUCCCACCACGCCUGUUCCCACUGGCCACAACGACACCACGGCUUAUCCUCCUCCUAAGCCCAGCGAGUCUAAGGAUACCACUGAGGUUCCUCCUCCUAAGCCCACGACCACGAUCAAGACUGGAACUACUGAGGUCCCCCCUAAGCCUUCGACCACUGAGUGGACUACCUCGACCGUGUACACCACCACUGUCAAGACCAUCACCUACUGUGGACCUGAUGUGCCCUACUGCUCUCAGCCUCCUCAUGUCACCACUGAGACCAUCGCUAUUUCCACCACUGUCUGCCCUGUGACUUCGACCGAAGAGGUGCCUCCUCCCAAGUCCACUAAGCCCACGGCUAACACUGAGGUGCCUCCUCCUAAGACCACCGGUACUACUGAGGUCCCUCCCCCCAAGGAUACUACCACAGUUCCUCCUCCCAAGCCAGUUACCACUACCGGCUGGUCUACCUCUACCGUGUACACCACCACUGUCAAGACCAUCACCUACUGUGGACCUGAUGUGCCCUACUGCUCUCAGCCUCCUCACAUCACCACUGAGACCAUCGCUGUUUCCACCACUGUCUGCCCCGUCACUUCGACCUACGUCCCUCCCAAGCCCACUGGCAACACUGAGGUUCCCCCUCCUAAGCCUACUGGACACACCGAGGUCACUCCUCCCAAGCCUACCGGCCACACUGAGGUUACUCCCCCCAAGCCCACUGCCCCUGUCAGCGUCGAGACCACCACUCACUUGACCACCUCGACUGUGUACACCACCAAGGUCCGAACUGUCACCUGGUGCGGCCCUGAGGUCCCUGACUGCCCCAACACCCCUCAUGUCACGACCGAGACCAUCGCUCUCUCGACCACCAUCUGCCCCGUGACCAUCACCCGCGAGGUUACUCCUCCUCCCUACCAGACCACCAAGGGUGUUCCUCCUCAGCCUCACACCACCAAGGUCGUCUACCCUCCCAACCCUCCUCUGCCUGGCAACUACACCCAGACUCUGUACACUACUAAGCACUACACCAUCACCAAGUGCCCUCCUGAGGUUCCUAACUGUCCCAUCGGCUCGGUCACUACCACUGUCUAUGCUACUGCUACCACCUGCAUCCAGAGCUGGCGACCCACCACUAAGGUCACUCAGCCCACUACUGUCGUUCCUCCUCCCCACGGCGGCAACCUGACCUCGACUCUGUACACUACCAAGCACUACACCAUCAGCAAGUGCCACCCUGAGGCUCAGGACUGCACCGUUGGCAAGCCCACCACUAUCGUUUAUGCUACCGGCACCACCAAGAUCCAGCCUUCGGUUGAGACUCACUACACCGUCCCUGUCCCUGAGACUGAGACUGUGGUUCCCACCAAGCCUGUUGAGACUAAGCCUGUUGAGACUGAGACUGUGAUUCCUACCAAGCCUGUCGAGACCAAGCCCGUCGAGACUAAGCCCGUUGAGACUGAGACUGAGGUUCCAACCAAGCCUGUGGAAACUAAGCCUGUCGAGACCCAGCCUGGUGUUUCCUACUCCGCUCCUCAGCCCGCCGAGACUCAGCCCACCUACGAGCAGCCUUCCUACCCGGCCCAGCCCGAGCAGUCUCAGCCUGUGAAGCCCGCCGAGUCCCAGCCCGCUCAGACCUACUCCACCCCCGACCAGCCCGAGGGUUCCUACCCUGCUCCUCUCGCCGCCACCACCGAAGAGUCCGAUGACGGCGUCGAGGAGAAGACAGUCCCCGCCACCGGUGCCGCUGGCCGCCUGAUGGGCAACGUCGAGGUUGUCCUGGCCGCCGCCGGAGUUGUCGCCCUUCUCCUUUAA